GGCAGCGCGGGAUAACUGGAUGGCCACAGGUAGAGAGUCGGAUACAGUGAUGGAGGUCGGUGGUGUAGUCUCUGCAUUUUCCACUUAGUGUACAGUGAAACGUCCAGUGUGCUCUAAUUCGGUCCGGAUAUACAUACUCGAGUGCAAAGAACUCCGGAGUGCUUCGCCCUGCCAAGUUCGACGAGCGGAGGGCGGUGGUUGUAGAUCUCUGACAUCCAGCCAGGUCGGCCAGCAGAGCGAAGGUUCCAUCACUGGCCACUUCGGACCGUGGAGAGUGUGCCAGAAUGACCCGUAUCCCAUCUGCAGGACCCACUCUUCCAUUCUCCAGCCGACCUGGGCGUCGCAAGUGGCCGGCGCAGGAUCGGCGGCCUGCACGUGCCUCCUCGGGUUAGCGCUGUUCAUGUGCCCGCUGCUCGUCGCCAUGCACGUGACGGCCACCAAGACGCUGGUCAAGUUCAGGCACGCCACGCUCGUCAAGAUGGUCUGCACGGCGACGUCAGUGCUGUGUGCCGUGGCGAGCGUCCUCUUCUUCCUGCUGGAGGUGUUCGUGUUCCGGGUGGGGCACCAGUCCGGCCUCUACGUGACGCUCAACUGGGCCUUCUACCUGCAGUUGCUGGCGCUGCUGGUCGGAAUGUGACCCCACGGUGUACAGACGCGACCCCGAGGGCAUCGCCGCCACCACCAUCUCCAACCCGUACGUCGUGGAGCCUCGCAACGGCCACGCUCAGGGCAACAGCCACGGCCGCCAGGGAAGAACCAGGAGCUCCGGCAGAGGCGGCGGCGGCCUCCACCAAAACUCGAACGGGGUCAAAAUGACGGGGCUGAGCGGCCAGCCCUACAUGGUCACCGGCAACGGGACCAACGGCCACAUCAGCCACAGGAACGGCGUGGUGGCCUUCGACCCAAACAGGGCGCCCGGGAGGUCCUCGCUGAGAAGACCGAAGCCCCAGCCCUCCGAGGACACCACGGACUCGUCCCUGGGCAUCGAGAACCUGGCCUUCAAGCAGUCGAGUCCCACGCCCAAAAAGAAGGUCCGGAUCCACACCCAGUCCACGCCCGUGUGAAGGGCCGUCGCCAGCCACCUCUGCCGUUCUCGCGAUGAGCUGCUGUGCCGACGAGUGCUGCGAGUUGCAAAGUGUAAUAAACUGUUAUAAAAGUGACGUGUCUGAACGAGAACAAGAAACACCUGGAGAACAGUGUGAUGACAUCAGGUGGGUUGUACUUUCUCGAAGUGAAAUUACUUAAACUUUAGGUUGUAAACACCUAUACAAGUUCUCGUAGACCCAACUUGUUGGAAAAUAGGAUAAACAAAGAAAAUUAUUUUUAUAAUGUUAGCAUACGGAGAUUUGACGCCAUUAUAUUAAGUGGUGUAAUAUCCAAUUGCUUCGCGUACACCUGUCGCUCAAUUACAAAACAAGAAAAAGUAGCAGAAAUUCAUGACUGCCAGCAGCGUGUCCUCUGUCAUGUAUAGUUGUCAGUUUUUAUGGCAACAAUGGCAACGGAAAUACAAAUUGCCCAGUGCUAAUUGUCUGUGUGAGUGAUGUGAUCUGGAAGAUAUCCUCUUGCGUAGUGCUAAUUUCAAACACAAUGCCCAGUGUGGUCGUUAGGUGAUUCCCUCUCCCAGUGCAGUCUAGAGCGAGCGACAAAAGUGGGAUGAGUCUUUGUUGAAUGAUUAGGUAAAUUUAUGAUGGAUAACGAACACUAGUUCUGAAAAGGGGGGAUUCUAUCUUUUUGGUUCAGUCCAAUCAAAAAGACCGUAAUGUGAAUUAAACGUUUGCACGUUUAAUAGUUAAAUACGGGCAAAUUCAUUCGCG